AUGAUACUCAAACAACUCAACGAGUGCGGAGUCUCUCCUACCACAGGUUUCGUGCCUGAAACCUCAUCUGAACCACUGCCAGAGUACUACAAUGCGUGGGAAGAGAUCGUGGCGAACCUGCCUCGAUUGCUCAAAGAAGCUAGCCUUAUAAAUGCUCUAGCUCUGCUGCCGGCUCUCGAGACUGAUCAUCUCAGCUCGGAAAGUGAUUGGCAGAGAGCCUACGUCCUGCUUGGAUUCAUCAUCCAUGGUUUGGUUCAUGGUGCUAAGCAGAAAAAUAUCCCGGCUUCGCUGGCCGAGCCUUUCCUACGAGUAUGUGAGCAUCUCGGCGUGCAGCCAGUCUUGAGCUAUGCAGGGUUGUGUCUGUAUAACUGGCAAGAUGCGGAGGACAAAAACACCCUGUCAGGCAUGCGAACAAUAGCUAGCUUUACUGGUACACUCGAUGAAGAAGCUUUCUACCUAGUACCAGUCCUAGUCGAGCGUGCUGCGGGACGUCUACCAGGACAACUUCUACAAGCCGUGGCUUCAGCACAACGCGAUCAAUGGGAUAAGGUCGCGAAUUAUCUUGAUACAUGCUCUGCAAUACUCAAGCACAUGGUGAAUGCACUAAGUGAACUCAACCUCUGCAGACCAGACGUUUUCUACCAUGAUAUACGACCAUAUAUCGGAGGUAUAGACGUGGCCUUGGAAAGGCAUGAUGAAGAAGAGUCCAUUCAUGUGAAGCUCGUCGGCGGAAGUGCGGGACAGAGCUCACUCUUCCAAUUCCUGGACCAUGUGCUCGGUAUCAAGCACGAAUCAACAUUACUACAAGAGAUGCGAGCAUAUAUGCCACGCGGACAUCGGCAAUUCUUGAUUGACGUGAAACGACUGCCGAGUUUGGUUGACCUCGCUGUUGCUGGUAGCGCCAGUGCUAGUCAUAGCAUCUUACCGAAGCUGGAGAAGUGUAGGCUCGAGCUAAAGAAGUGGCGCGACAAGCAUAUCUCUGUUGUUGCAAGGUAUGUCAUGCUACCUGCACAGGAGGCUGCUAGGAGGUUAGAGGGAGGCGCUAUGAAGGUUACUGGUACUGCCGGGUCGUCGCCUAUUCAAUUCUUGAAGCAGGCGAGGGACGAGACUGUUCUACUUUACGAUAAUAGCAGUCACUAUGCAUUGCCUGUAGGCUGA